AUGUUGUUCUACAUAGCUGCUGCUAUCACAGCAAUUGCUUCGAAAACCAUUGCCCAGAGCGUCAUCAGUCUGAGUGGCCAUGAUUGGACCUUGACGAACCCCGACCUAAAUAUAUCAUGCCCUGCAUCGCUACCUUCCCAAGCCCACCUUGAUCUUCACGCCUGUCAAGUCAUUGGCUCGCCUUACUAUGGCCUCAACGACUUCAACCUCCGAUGGUUCCGUCAAUACUACUUCGACGUUUCGUCCGUGCUCGAAAGCUGUCAGAGUGCCCCAGUCCUUAGCGUUAACUUUGGAAGUGCUCCUAAGAUCACGCAGGAGAUUGCGGACGAACCUGGCCAGGAAACUUGGCCAUACGGGAUCGAGAUCAUGUACGAAUUUCCAAAUCGACAGUUCAUGCGGAAGGAACAGAAUGACUUCGGUUGGGACUGGGGUCCGGCAUUCGCUCCUGCUGGUCCCUGGCAGCCAGCUUGGGUUGUCCAGUUAGACAACCCUGAAGUCUAUAUCAGGAACUCUCUCAUUGACAUCUUUCGUCGAGGACAGCUUAACAACCUACCUCCAGAUCAGAGUCAGCCAUGGACUGUCAAUGCUAGUCUUGACUAUAUUGGCACGGUACCUCAAAGUGCCUCGCUGCGCUACUCCCUAUCCGACCUCAAUAAUACCAUUAUUUCGAGUGGCUAUUUAGAGAACAUCAACAUCACUUCGUCCACCCUGACAGGGUCGACUGAGAUCGAUCCCUCCUUGGUUGAGCUAUGGUGGCCUAGCGGUUUAGGUCCGCAGAACCUAUAUAACAUGACCAUAACUCUCAACGACGGCAGCAAAAGUAACAAUACCAUCACAAGUAUCACCAAGCGAACUGGUUUUCGUACGAUCGUCUUAAAUGAGAACCCGAUAAGUCAGGAGCAGCUAAAUCAAGGUAUCGCACCAGGUAAUAACUGGCAUUUCGAGAUCAAUGGACACGAGUUCUAUGCCAAGGGAUCGAACUUUAUCCCUCCCGAUCCUUUCUGGCCCGCUGUGACAGAAGCCAGAAUGCGAGACCUCCUUGACGCGGUCGUUGAGGGGAAUCAGAACAUGCUGCGUGUGUGGUCUAGUGGAGCAUAUCUACCUGAUUGGCUCUAUGAUCUGGGUGAUGAGUAUGGUAUCCUUCUGUGGAGCGAAUUUGAGUUUGGAGAUGCACUCUACCCUGUGGAUGAGCUGUUCCUGGAAAACGUAAGGGAAGAAGCAGAAUAUAACGUGCGGCGAGUCAAUCACCAUCCAUCUCUUGCCGCCUGGAUGGGAGGCAACGAACUGGAGAACCUGGAGCUUGCUAACGUCAACAACACCGCUCCGGAACAGUAUGAUCGCUAUGUCGCCGAGUACGAGAAGUUAUUCCUAGACACACUACUUCCAGUGGUCUUCGGCAACUCCAGGAGCAUCAGCUAUGCACCCUCUAGUACGAGCAAUGGAUGGUUAGAGCUCAACUUCUCAAACCCGAUCCCCAUUGUCGAACGCUAUAACAACCUUACGGAAGGUUCUGUUUAUGGCGAGACAGAUCACUACAAUUAUGAUCCGACGGUCGCAUUCAACCUUUCCUCCUAUCCUAUCGGUCGUUUCUCGAACGAAUUCGGGUAUCACUCUAUGCCAUCCCUACAGAGCUGGGAACAAGUCAUUCCUCAGUCUGAGCUAUACUUCAACUCAUCUUACGUACAACUACGCAAUCGACAUUACCCGCCUGGAGGACUGAACGCAACGAACUACUAUAACAGCUCGCUGGGCAUGGGCGAGAUGACAAGAGCCGCAAUUGAGUGGUAUCCGGUGCCUAACAAAUCAGACAGCGUAGCCAACUUCUCGGCUUGGUGCCAUACUACACAGAUCUUCCAGGCCGAUUUCUAUCGUUCGCAAAUAGAAUUUUAUCUAAGAGGCAGCGGACUUCCCGAACGUCAGCUUGGUUCUUUGUAUUGGCAACUUGAGGAUCAAUGGACGGCGCCUACCUGGGCGGGCAUCGAAUACGAUGGUCGAUGGAAAGUGCUGCACUACAUUGCAAAGGACGCAUAUCAGCCAGUCAUCAUCGCGUCAUACUACAAUGUCACGACCGGUGAUCUUGAAGUGUAUGUGACUUCUGAUCUCUGGCAAGCCGUAUCUGGAUCAGCCAGCUUUAGUUGGUACGACUGGUCUGGUGAUUGUCUGAAUAUCUCCACGCCUACCACUGCCGAAGUCAAUGUCGGCGCCAUAAACUCGACACGAGUGCUCUCGACAAACACUUUCGACAUCUUAAACAGCGCUGGAUUCAACUACUCAAAUGUGCUGAUGCAUAUGGAAACCACUAUUCAAGGUCAGAUGCCAAAUAGCAACGAAAGCAGAACGUUCACACACGAGAAUUGGUUCCAUGCUUCGCCGCUCUCGUCGGCUGCUCUAGUCGACCCUGGGCUUCAAUUAUCGUUUUCGAAUACUACCAAGAACUUCAGCAUUACUGCGAGAUCGGGUAUUGCUGCCUGGGUAUGGCUUGAUUACCCGCUGGGCGCUGUGGUCACAUUUGAUAGCAAUGGCUUCUGGUUGUUGCCGAACCAGACUCGAGAGGUUGGGUAUAAGGUCAAGAGCGACUCAACUGGAGGUGCAUGGAUUGACGAUGUGACGGUGGAGAGUUUGUAUGAUAACACAAUCUCAUGA